AGUAUCAUGAGCCAGCAGGUAUUGGAGCAUCUGUCGCGUGAGCUUGUCAGGCUUUGCGACAGCAUUGAAAAACACGGUCUGGUCGAUUACCAAAUGGGCGUGGCAGAGGAAGAGAUCAUGGAUCUGCUGCUCCGCUGCCUCAGCCUCUUGGACCCCGAGAGCGCUACUGCCGGGGCAGAAUCUUCUGCAUCGGCUUCUGCUGCAAGAGAACGAUAGCACCCCGACAGCCUGGGAGAUUUUUUUCGCGACUCAUGACGAUUAUAGCUGAUAAUCAAUUGAUCGCCUUUUUUUCCUUGGCAUCCACCGCGGCCAAUAAUGGAGUUCUACUACACGAUCUGGCUCACGCCAUGCACCAACAUCAACUUUUGCUUAUUACGGGCGCGCUAAUCCGGCCGCGCACACUCUACUGCUACUGCUACGCGCUUUUCUUUACUACUACUACAAGAUACCACUACUACUAUUGGGGGCGGCUUUCUGUAUGCAUUUGAUGGCCGGCGACGAGCAUGAAGGGACGACUGGUUUUUUAUUAAUCAUAGCAUUUACAAGGCGAAAAGGAUGAAACAUGGGAAAGAGAAUACUGCUGUUUGCUGUAUUCACCAGAGAGGGCAACCAUCAUUUUCUGGCUGGUCCAAAAAUGGCGCGCGCCGGGUUUUGCAUUAUGACGACAUUUUGCGGCAGGACAAGAUGUACUGUAGAUAAUACUAUCCAAAAGCGUGGACCUGUGCGACGUGUUCGCGUUCGCUGUCCUUUUUGCUUG